UGUUUCAGAACAAAUGGAGACAACACUGCCAUCUGAGCCAACAGCAGUGAGUGAAGCACAAGCACAACAGCUACAUCUCCAAGCACAACAGACUGUGCCAACCUCAGCACCCACAGUGUCUCAGGUCUUGACUUCAGAAAACCUGCCGACAGUGGUAAUGGCUUCAACAGGAAGUGUCCCAUUGAACCAGCCUCUUUUCAUCCCGCUUAACAUGGCUAGUCAAGUAACUGCACAACAGGGACUCGUGUUGACAAUUCCCACAGCAACUCUUGCUUCUCUCCCAGGACUUACUUCUGCCACUGGUGCAGGAGGUAUCCUCAAGCUCCCUCUGGCAAACUUGCAGGCUGCGUCAAUGUUGAAUACUGCACUCCAGCCCGCACAGCUUCAACAGGCCACUCUACAGUCCCUUCCUCCAUCUGCUGUACCUCUGAAACAGCCGGAACCACAAACCCAGAUCACUUCCAUUCACACAGCACAAGGCCUGACUUUAAAUCCCACAAUACUUAGUAGUCAAACUUCACUUGUGGGCUCUUUGACGGCUACUCCAGUUAUUGCAAAUGCUGUGCCCAGCUUCCAGGGAAUUACAAGUCAGAUCAUAACUAAUGCACAAGGACAGGUCAUAGGAACUGUUCCUUUAGUCAUGAACCCAGCAACAAUAACAACAACCAAUGCAGUGACAGCAGUACCAGCACAAAGCUUACAAGUGCAAGCAGUCACACCACAGAUGCUGCUGAACUCCCAAGGUCAGGUGAUUGCAACUGUCAUCAGCAACCAGUUUGUGCCAGUUCUGAGUCGACAAGGAGUCCCUCUCUCACCUGUAAAGACAACGCAGCAGGUACAAACGUUCCAGACAAUGGCUACUGUAACGCAACCCAGUGUGACACCAACCCCAGCCACUGCACCAACUGAACCCAUUACACCAAGCAACACUCCCUCCACUGCCAGUGUUGGACAACUAGUCAGCAAGCCUCAAAAUGCACCCACCGAGGUGGAUGGAAUAAACCUGGAAGAGAUUCGUGAAUUUGCAAAGAAUUUUAAGAUACGUCGACUGUCUCUUGGAUUGACGCAGACACAGGUUGGACAGGCACUGAGUGCUGCAGAGGGACCAGCGUACAGCCAGUCAGCCAUCUGCAGGUUUGAGAAAUUGGACAUCACUCCUAAAAGUGCACAGAAGAUCAAGCCAGUUCUAGAAAGAUGGCUGACAGAAGCAGAAAUACGACACCGUGCGGGCAUACAGAACCUCACUGAGUUCGUUGGUAGUGAACCUUCAAAGAAACGCAAACGGCGCACAUCUUUCACACCACAGGCCCUGGAAAUCCUUAACGCUCACUUUGAGAAAAACACACACCCCACAGGUCAGGAAAUGACAGAGAUAGCCGAGCAGCUGAACUACGACCGAGAGGUGGUUAGGGUGUGGUUCUGCAACAAGAGGCAAACUUUAAAAAACACCAUCAAGCGACUGCAGCAGAAUGACUCAACGGGAACAGGUUCAAUCGAACGAUUAUCGGACUCCACAGUAAACAUUGCUGGAACAGGCUGA